GCGGCGUUUGAAAGCGCCGGCGGGGGCGGGGGCACCAACGGCUCGGCGGGGCGCUGAGGCGAGGGGCGGACCGGGGGCGGACCGGGCCCGCUGGCAUGGCGCACAAGCAGAUCUACUACUCGGACAAGUACGACGACGAGGAGUUUGAGUACCGGCACGUCAUGCUGCCCAAGGACAUCGCCAAGCUGGUGCCGAAGACCCACCUGCUGUCGGAGGCGGAGUGGCGGAACCUGGGGGUGCAGCAGAGCCAGGGCUGGGUCCACUACAUGAUCCACGAGCCAGAGCCCCACAUCCUGCUCUUCCGCCGGCCGCUACCCAAGAAGCCGGAGAAGUGAGGGGCCCGCGGCCUGCUGAAGCCCCCGGCCCGCCCGAGCUGAGACAGUGCCUUCCUCCUCCUCGGCGUUCCUGGGGGGCUUUGCCCUGUGCCGGCUGGCGCCCGUGACCCUUGGUGCAGUCUGGGCCCCGCCGCGGUGGCGCGGCCCCGGUACCGGGAGGCCCUUUCCGCCGCGAGGCCUGAGAGCGAUCCGGGGCUUUAAUAAAUGGAUGUUCGGGA